AUUCAAAUAGAAGGGCAAGUUAUCCACUUUUGUCUUCAACAGAAACUUGAAAAGAUCUUUGUCUUCUUUGGUACGUAUAACGACAGCCAUGGCAGACAAACAGUCAUUCCUUUCCUCGACUCGAGAGUUUUGUACUUUUUACUAUAUAUAAGAACCUUGCACAUUCUAGCAAUCAGAGCCAACCCAAUAGAUCAAGUAGCCCUCCACUAGCAAUGGAGUUUUCCACGCUAUUCAUAGCCCUUCUGAUCCUUCAAGCUCUUCUCCCAUUCCAUAGUUCAACUGACGCAGCUCCUACAAGCUCAAACCUCUUCAGAGAAUACAUAGGAGCAGAGUUCAACAACGUUAAGUUCACCGAUGUCCCUAUUAACCCAAAUGUUGAAUUCCACUUCAUUCUCUCCUUUGCCAUUGACUAUGACACCUCCAGCUCUCCCUCUCCCACCAACGGAAAAUUCAACGUGUUCUGGGACUCCGAUAAUCUGAGCCCCUCUCAAGUUUCUUGUAUCAAGAGUCGCCAUUCGAAUGUCAAAGUGGCCUUAAGUUUAGGAGGGGAUAGUGUGGCGGGUGGCUUUGCUUACUUCAAACCAUCCUCAACAGAUUCUUGGGUAUCUAACGCUGUUUCUUCACUCACGCAUAUCAUCAAACAGUUUAAGCUCGAUGGAAUUGACAUCGAUUACGAGCACUUCAAUUCCACUCCAGGCGUCUUUUCUGAGUGUAUUGGAAGGCUUAUAACAACCCUCAAGAAAAAUAAAGUAAUCAAAUUUGCUUCAAUUGCUCCAUUCGAUGAUGAUGAAGUUCAGAGCCAUUACCAAGCUUUGUGGAAGAGUUACGGGCACCUUAUCGAUUAUGUGAACUUCCAAUUUUAUGCCUAUGAUGAAGGAACCACAGUAUCUCAGUUUAUGAGCUACUUCAAGACACAGACCUGUAACUAUGAAGGCAGUAAGGUGUUAGUGAGCAUUAGCAGUGAUGGGAAUGGUGGUGGUUUGUCACCAUCUAAUGGCUUCUUCACUGCCUGCAGAAGGCUCAAGAGUCAGAACCAACUUCAUGGUAUCUUUGUGUGGUCCGCUGAUGACUCUAAGGAUAAUGGAUUCCAGUAUGAGAAGCAAUCACAAGCACUACUAGCAGCAGUUCGUGGAUAGCGUCUUUACAGAUUCAUUGAAGAAUGCCUUCUGUUUGAUUAUUACGAAAUGAAGAGUGUUGUAUUAUUUGUACCUUUUGAAAUUUGAACUGUUCUUCUUCUUCCUCCUGUAAUUUUUCUGUUCAGUUAAGAUGUCAUUCUCAUUCUAUGCUGUUGUUCUUCUUCCUCCUGUAAUUUUUUUGUUCAGUUAAGAUGUCAUUCUCAUUCUAUGUUGUUGGACGGCCCAUAUGUUUGACUUUGAUAAUAUUAAAACCAUUUGUGUGCUA